CCCCACCUGUUCACUCCGGCUCUCAGCAAAAAACCAUCCUCACACGGGCGACAGAGAGGGAGAGAAAACAGCAGGCGCAGGUAGACGGACACUCACUCACUCAGGGAUUUACAGAAGCUGUAUACAAGUCACACAUUUCAUUAGAGGUGCCAUAUCCAUCCUAUAACAAUGGGCUGCUUUGGAUUUUUGAAAACGAUGAUGUUUAUCUUCAAUGGUAUCAUCUUUCUGGCAGGAGCAGCUAUUUUGGGAGUGGGGAUCUGGGUGAAGGUGGACAGUGGAUCUGUCCUGGGUCUUCUGCAAAAAAUCCCAGAAGCUCCAGGUCAGCUGGGGCAGGUCCUGAAUGUGGGAUAUCUCUUGAUCGCGGUGGGCGCUGUGCUGCUCAUCCUGGGCUUCCUGGGCUGCUUUGGAGCGGUCAGAGAGAGCAGGUGUAUGCUGCUGCUGUUCUUCAUCAUUAUUCUGAUUGUCUUCAUCGCCGAAGUUGCUGGAGCGAUUGUGCUUCUGGUCUUUAAGCCUGUGGCAGAAACCCUCAUAAAUCAGCUGGGAGAUGAAGCUGUGAAAGGCAUCAGAAAGGAUUAUGGGAAAAACGCAGACCUUACCGGACUAUGGAACACGACUAUGACAGGGCUGAAGUGCUGUGGAUUCAACAACUAUACAGAUUUCACAAAUUCUUACUUUGUGAAUGACACCAAGGUUUACCCAAAUCAGUGCUGUAGUGGAUUUUCCUGCAAUGCGAACGCAGCCAUGAACUCGACUAUACCAGGUUGUUUCCCAGCACUCAAGAAGCUGGUAGAUGAUAACGCAGUUGUCAUCAUAGCUGUCGCACUGGGCAUCGCUGCUCUUGAGCUUGCGGCGAUGAUUGUGUCCAUGAUCCUGUAUUGUAAAAUAGGGUCUAAAGCUUAAGCUGAUUAAUGUCUCACUUUGACUGAAAUAUCUGUCUGAUGACUCCUCUGUUACGGAGGAUGAGGGGGAUCAAAACCACAUCACUGUGACUUCUUCAAACAUUUCCAAAUGUAUCAAACAAACAGACUUUGCAAGUCGCCCUGAAUGCCUUGAGUGAAAAAUCAAUUCAGACUGUUCAGCCUAAAAUUUGAGUUUUGAGCGAUGCCAGUUUUACUAUAGUUAUGUUUAAGUAAGCAGUUUUAGCUGUUUUAAUGCUUAUUGUUUCCCUCAGAGUCAGACUAUUUUUACUUUUUUUACUUUGCCUAUGCAAUAUAUUUUCUUAUUUAAAAACAGACUGCUUUGUUUAAUUGCAAUACACCCAUGGCAUUUUUUUUUUUUUGUAAUUAUGAACUGAAAGGUUUUCCUACUCGUUAUAUGUAUAAUGACCAAAAAAAGGCCAAAUAUUUUCUAUCAAAAGUUGCUGAUUGUAAUUUAUUGUAAAAUUUUUACAAGCCAUUUAGCCUGUUCAUAGCAAAGCACAAUGUUCUCUCGUUCAAGUCUGUGGUGUAUAGUUUUUACAACAACCAAAGCAAAAAUUAUAUCUAAAAUGUUCAUGUUUAUUUUGAAAAUAAUUAUAAAGGCAAUAUUUCAA